CCCCUCUCUGUUGGUUAGCAAGUGAUUAUAGAUCCUCUUUGCUUGAUCUAUCUUCUUGAUCCACCGUGAGUCUGCCCCUGGGGGCUAUAUAACCAUAGCUGUAGUAUCACAUGUAACAAGUUAGAGAGCAGACUCUUGGCUGUAUUGACAGUGCUCCCAGCUUGUUCUGCUCUGCCAACCCAAAUCCAAAUAACUUGCAAAGAUGGAGAACGGGACAGAAGGCAAGAAUUUCUACAUCCCAAUGAACAACAGGACGGGGCUUGUGAGGAGUCCUUUCGAAUAUGCGCAGUAUUAUUUGGCAGAUCCAUGGAUGUUCAAACUAUUGGCUUUCUACAUGUUUUUCCUUAUCUGCACUGGUUUCCCCAUCAACUUCCUGACACUGUUGGUCACAGCUCAGAACAAGAAACUCCGGCAACCUCUCAACUUUAUCCUAGUGAAUUUGGCUGUGGCUGGACUGAUCAUGGUCUGCUUUGGAUUCACAGUCACCUUUUAUACUUCUCUGAUGGGCUAUUUCUCCUUGGGACCUAUGGGCUGUGCUAUUGAAGGAUUCAUGGCUACCAUUGGAGGUCAAGUAUCUCUGUGGUCUCUUGUGGUUCUGGCUAUUGAGAGAUACAUUGUGGUCUGCAAACCCAUGGGUAGUUUCAAAUUUACAGCCACCCAUGCUUCAGCAGGUUGCGCAUUCACCUGGAUCAUGGCUUGCUCCUGUGCUGUUCCUCCUCUUGUUGGCUGGUCAAGGUACAUACCCGAGGGUAUUCAGGUUUCAUGUGGACCCGACUACUACACUCUGGCUCCUGGCUACAACAACGAAUCAUUUGUUAUGUACAUGUUCAGCUGUCACUUCUGUGUUCCUGUCUUCACCAUCUUCUUCACUUAUGGAAACUUAGUGUGCACCGUGAAAGCGGCUGCAGCCCAGCAGCAGGACUCUGUAUCUACGCAAAAGGCUGAGAAAGAAGUGACACGUAUGUGCAUCCUGAUGGUGCUCGGCUUCCUCUUGGCCUGGACCCCAUAUGCUAGCUUUGCUGCGUGGAUCUUCUUCAACAAGGGAGCUGCUUUCUCAGCUACAGCUAUGGCUGUCCCUGCCUUCUUCUCAAAGAGCUCAGCAUUGUUCAAUCCUGUUAUCUAUGUAUUAAUGAACAAACAGUUCCGUAACUGCAUGCUGAGCACUAUUGGAAUGGGCGGUAUGGUGGAGGAUGAGACCUCAGUAUCAACCAGCAAGACAGAAGUGUCCUCUGUUUCCUAAACACAUCAUCAUCUUUCUAAAAAUGUACCAGGACUUAUAUUGAAACUUUAUUUUUGGGGGGCCUGAAUUAAUUUUCUUGGUCAAUUGUAUAUAUUUUAUAAAUGCUUAUAAAAUUGUAAAUCUAGGUAAA